AUGCUGUGCCCAGAAUCGGUCAUUCUCGACUACUUGAACAAGCAAAACAGGCCGUACAGUGCGAUCGACAUUUUCAACAACUUGCACGGCGCGGUUGGCAAAACGGCAGUCACGAAAGCGCUCGCGUCGCUCACAGCCGGAGAGAAGAUUAUCGAAAAGGAGUACGGCAAGCAGCAUGUCUACUGCCCAAGACAGGACCAAUUCGAAAUCCCCGAUGAAGCCGAACUCGACCAGCUCGACCAAACGAUCGAUGAGCUCAGGGAUCAGUUGCGCGAAGAGAGUGCUGCGUGCAAAGCAUUGGAAGGAGACGUAAAGGUCUCUGGCGCAUCGAUGAAAACCGUCGAUAUCAUUGCUCGGGUGGCAGCGCUGCGCACCAAGAAUGCAGCCAACAUGGAGCGCUUGGAAAAGCUCAAAACAGGCACCAAGCUGGUUUCUUCGGCUGAAAUUGCUCGUGUUAAGAAAAACUACACCACCGCUCACACGGCCUGGCGGAGUCGAAAGAAGAUGUGCAUGAAUGUGAUCGACCAGGUCAUGGAAUCCUACCCCAAACCCAAGGCCCAUCUGAUAGACUUGGUCAAGAUGGAAACAGACGAGGAGGUCGGCGUGAAUUUUGCCAGCAUGCCUGCUCCUUGA